AUGAAAGACUGUGAGAAGAAGAAAGGGUGUGAUAUUGCAGAGCUGAUAUGUAAAGUGCUUAAAAACCACGAUAUUCAGCUAAAGAAUUGUAGAGGUCAAGGAUAUGACAAUGGAUCAAAUAUGUCAGGUUGUUACCAAGGAGCUCAAGCAUUAAUCCGGGAAAAGAAUCCCCAGGCUGUUUUCUCUCCUUGCAGUGCACACACGCUUAAUCUUUGUGGAGUUCAUGCUGCUGAGUCUAAUAAUGUUGUGAAAAAGUUUUUUGGGAAUAUUCAAAAACUGUACAAAUUGUUUAGUUUCAGUCCAUCUUGCUGGAAAAUUUUGCAAGAAAUUGCUCAUAUUUCACUGCAUAAAUUGUCGGUUACACGUUGGAGUGCUAGAAUUGAGGCUGUAAAGCUGCUACCAAAGAGGCCCAGAGAAAUUUUAGAAGCUUUAGACAGCCUGAAGGAACAUGAUUUGCCUCCUGAUUUGUGUAAUGAUGUGGACACUCUCAGCGAAUGGUUAAGCUCGUUUGAAUAUACUUUACUGGUUAGUUUUUGGUUUAAAGUGUUGCAAGCCAUUAAUGAUGUUAGUUUGUUGCUUCAAGGUUCUGGAAUUACAAUUGACGAAGAAUUGCGUCUAAUUAAAUCUCUUCAAGAUGAUUUAAAGCGCAUACGUGAAGGUUGGAAUGUUAUCCUUCAGGAAUCAAAGCUUGUUGCUGGUGCUUUGGGCCUUACUGAACAGUUUCAGGAAAAACGACGACGAAUUCGCAAGGCAUUUUUUGACGAAAACCGGGAUAACGAAUGGGAAGUACAAAACAACGAAGCGCUGUUCAGAAUAAACGUCUUUAAUGUGACUUUAGAUACAGUAAUUAGUGAAGUGACGUGCAGAUUUGAAACAAGUGAACAAUUGAACAACAUGUUUUCCUUCCUUUGGGGCCCUUCCAGUAUAACAGGGCAAGAGGACACAGAGAAUUCAGACCAAUCACUAUCAGAGGACGUUGAAAACACUUGCAAAGCCAAAAACUAUUGUUGUAAUCUCUCAAAAUUCUAUCCGAAUGAUUUAAAUGAAGACCAACUCAUGGAAGAACUUCGUCUACUCAAUAAACUGAAGCAAAAUGACAAUUUGUUUGGUAAAUUGUCAUCUCUUCAGUUGCAAGAUUUACGAGAAAGGACUUCAAAGCAUAUUUCCACAGAUUUGUGUUGCCCUAAGGAUUUUUGUAAGCAUACCAGUGUCAGCCGCUUCUGGAGAACGGUCUUUUAG